AUGAAUAAAAAACUUCUCUUUACUAUCUUUGUGAUUUUAAUUUAUGGAGCGUUAUUCUUCUUGUAUGCAAACAUUUCAAAAAGAUCAUAUGAAUGUGGUUUUGGAUCGCCAUGCAUACGCUUUUGUUCAUCUGAUACAAAUGAAUAUUCAGAUGAAAGUUUAUUAAAACAAUUUAAGGAAAGUAAAAGUUCAAAUAGAAUGAUAAGAUCAAAUAGCUUGAAAGUUAUUCGUGGAGCUCCAGCAUGUGGUAAAUUAAAGUACUGGCCACCAAAUAUGGAAGUGAACUCGACUGAUCCACCAUAUAAGUUUGAUUAUUAUGGCGAUGUUCAAGCUUUCGGAGAUGAUUACAGUGUAUCGAGAUAUUGUUUGGAAAAAGAUGAAGAUGUCUUUGAUGGCUGGAAGCUUAUGACUUGCUAUCAAGAUUAUUAUCUUCAAAAAGGAUUUCAUGUCUUAACAAUAUUCCUCUCAGUAACCCUUCUCGGAUUCACCUUAUUCCUCUAUUGUUAUAAAUAUCGGCAAAUAAAACACGUGCUUUAUUCACUCUUUGCUGUGAGUCUUGUUAUGAUUUUGCUAUGGAUCACUGUCUUGAUUGUUCAUACAUAUCUUACAUUCAGAAAUUUCAAGAUUCAAACUUCAAUUCCGCAUGAAUUUUCAACUUAUGCAAUUUUUGUAUUAAGUUUUAGCAUGUUUUCUGCAUUCGUAUUUAUACAAGACACGAUAUACCAUGGCGGUGGCGUUGAAUAUUUAUUCUUCAUAUACAUAAUCAUUGCAUCUAUCGACAUCUUCCUUUUGAUAGUUACUGGAGUCAAAAUGCUAAUCACUUCCCGUCAUCUCGAACAUUCAGAACAAGCUAGAUUUGACAAUGAGAAAAAAUGGUACUGGAUAAUCAAUAAAGUAACACUAAUGAUGCUGGUCACUUGGCUUUUUGAAUCACUUUUAUGGUUCCGCAGUUUUAAUGUUUACAGUGAAACAAUUGGCGAUUUCGUUAAUUUACUUACGGCUACAGCAAUUAUGUUAAUGCUGGUUGGAAGAGAGAAAGCGAGAAUUUUGUUGUUUGGGAAAUAUCGGGAAGUUUAUGACGUAGAAAAUGAUGCUGAUUAA